AUGGCGGGAGGGCACUACCGCGGCCACAGUGGUGGGAAAGCGGCAGGCUCGGGCUACUGGGUGGUGGAGCCUCUGCCACCUGGGGCGGCAAAAAGUCACCAGUUGGACACCAUUCAAAGCCUGGCGGAAGCUGCUGCUGACGAGUCGGAUGGGCAGGAGGAGCCGCGAGAGGAGGGACAUGGCUGCGCCACGAGAGGGGGCCACGCUGGACGGAACAGCUCAUCUAUGGCCGCGAUUCUAGACGCCAGCGGCGGCAUGAGUGGCGCGGAGCUCCGCGCCUCUCUUCGGUGGGUCCGGUCGAGGUUGGACCGCAAGCUUGGCGAGUCGAUGAUGGCGUGGGCCUCCGACGGCGGAGCGGACGAGAACGACGCGACGGCCGACGAGGUGGCAUCCGAUGCCACGGUAGAGGGCGGGGAGGAGUUGGACGAGGAGGACGUGGAAGAGGCGGGUGCUGGGUUUGAGGAGCAGAUCCGUCGGCUCGAGGACAGCCAGGAGCGCGGCGAGCCUCCGCUCGCAUUGCACCCUCACCACGACCCUGCGACUGCGGGCGCCAUCUCCCACGCGCGAUCUGCGGCCCGGCUCGACCACGGAGCGACCAGCCAGGAGUUAGUGCGCCUACGCGACGAGCUCGCGGAAGCGUUGCGCGACGGUCUAGCCCUGGAGGCGCGCUCCAAGGCUGCUGAGGCGGCUCUCCACGCUGCAGCAGAGGCGGCAGAGUUCGAGACUGCCGCUCUGCUCGCAGAUGAGCGUGAGGAGACCGCCCGACUUGCCUCAGCACUGGCCCUCUCGGAGGCACGGUGCGGAGCGGCAGAGGCGGCGAUGGCGCAGACCUCGCAGGCAGACACGGAGCGGGAGGCGGUGCUCGCGGAUCUGGAGGCGGCACGCGCCGAGCUGGAGAGUGCGGAGACGGCUCUAGAAUCGGCGCGAACAGAAGGCAUUGCCUCGGCAACGGCGGCAGCCACUCGGGAGGGGACGCUGCAGAGUGAGCUAGAGGCUCUCCGAGGUAGCCUGGCUCAGGCGGAGGCGUUAGCCGCGGCUCGGCACGACGAGAUGGUCUCGCUCGAGGCGCGCGUCGAGUCCGCAUCCGCUGAGGUGGAGUCGGCACGUGCGGCAAACGCCGAAUGCGAGGAGCGGGCCACGGCUGCUUCGAAGGCGUUGGGCACUGCUCGCGCAGCCGAGGAGGCUGCGCGGGAAGCGGCGGCGACAGCGCGGCGCGAGCUUGAGAGUCUGGAGGCGGAUCGAGCUCGUUUUGCGGCUGACGCAGUCAAGCUGCGGGACACUGCUGCUGAGCUGUCGUGCCGCGCUGAGUCGGCGGAAAGCCGUGCCGAGGCAGCCGAGAGCCGCGCUGAUGCAGCCGAGAGCCGCGCCGAGGCGGCUGAGAAUGCGCGCCUCGCAGCCGAGGCCGAGGCCGAGGGGCAGAGGGGCCACGUGGUGCGGCUUGAGAAAGAGGUUGCCGCGGCGGCGGAGACGGCGGCUUCGGAGGUCGCGGCAUCGCGUGCGGCCCAGUGCAAGGCUGACGAGGCGACCGCGCAGCUCGCGGUGCUUCAAGCGAAGGCUGACUCGCUGGCGGCGAAGGCGGACUCGUUGGCCGCGGAUGCCGCCGUGGCGAGGAAGGAGCGCGACUCGCACGCCGCUGAGGCGGGCAGAGCCGCGACGGCAAGCGAGGAGGUGCGGGCAACGUGUGCCCGAGCGGAGGGCCGCGCGGCGGACCUCGAGGCAGCAGUCAGCACGCUCGAGGGCGAGGUUGCCGCUCUCGAGGCUCGGCAGCAUGGCCUCGGUUCGCAGCUCGAGAUGGCAGGCGAGCUGGCGCGCGUCGAGGAGGAGAAGCGGCGCGUGGCGGAAGAGGAACUCGAGCUGCUGCGGGCGCGCGUGGCUCACGAGGAGGAGAAGCGGGCCAGGGCCGAGGCAGAGCGGCUGGCCAAGGAGGCCGAGCUUGCUGCGGUCCGCGCACGGCCCGCCUCGGGGAAGUCACGCGUCGAGAAAGCUGCAAUUGUGCCUCAGCAAUUCCGACCGUCGGGGCUCGGGGCGGCACCAGCGCCGGCGCGAGGCCCGACAGCCCCGCCGCGCCGUGCAGUUUCGGCACAGCCAGGUGCAAGAAAACGGUAG